AAUCGUUCAAACAAAACACCGCCGAUUUCCCUUUCCACUCUCUCCUCUCCACCUCGAUCGUCGGUUAAUUCGCAGAGAGAAUCCGAAGUCAUGUCGUCCAGAACUCUCGUUGGAGUUGUCGCCGUCUUUGUUCUGGUCUUCGCCAUUGCCUCACCGUAUGUUGCUGCUCAGAUUACUGCCCCUGCUCCUGCCCCUACUAGCGACGGAACAUCAAUUGACCAAGGCAUUGCCUAUGCGCUGAUGCUUGUGGCCUUGGCGCUUACUUACCUCAUCCACACCUUCAGCUUUUUUUAAAUUGUACUCUGAAAUUCCUAGAUCAGUGCUGCCGGCUGCACAUGGGGGAUAUUUUUCUGUGAAAUCUGAGGGUGCAUUUGUUUUAAGUGAUCGAAGAUAAUGGGCUUUGGUUAUCAUUCUUUUGUUUCUUUCUUCAAUUAAAUUCCUUUGCUUACUUAAAUCCUCUAUUUAUUCUCUUAAUCUUCUCUGUGUAAAUGGCAGUACAAUAUUAACAAGUGCAUGGGCUUAAGGGUGCAUUAACUGCAAAUU